CCGCGUGGGGAGGCCUUUGGCUGCGCGCUUUGUAUGUCAGCAUGAGGCCGACGUGCUCGGCUCCCCCAAGGGGACUCCCAGCAGCUACCUUGGCCAAUUAGCCACUGGCCGGCCAAUUAGCCGUGCUCCAGGAAAAGCCGGUGCCAAGAGCUGAUGAGGCUUUAAUAACGACAGGAAGUCCCCUCCCCCCGCGCCCCCUUCAAGGGCACUGGGAGGAGCAAAGCCUCUUGCUUUACCGCCACUAGCCGCAGCUGCGGGCGCCCUCCCAGCUCGUCGACCAGACGGGGCCAUUGUGACCAACUCUCCGGCCCCCGGUCUGACCCAGGCCCCAGAACAUCCCUAGGGGCAGGCCUCUUAGAAACCCCUCCAGCCUGCAUUGAGCAAUGUUGCAGGCUGCAGCGUCCUGGGGGCACUGUGAUCUGCCCGAGCCGCUGGCUCCAUGAUGUGCGAGACGGGGCUGAUCUCCCCGGAGCCCGCCAGCCCCACGCGCUACUUCGGAGAGGCCUCCGACGCCUACUACCAUGUGGACCGCUGGCAGAGACUCCGCACGGCCGUCCGCAAGCUGGAGUUCUGGGAAAACUUCAAUGCUGAGCUGAUCGGCAGCGGCUUCUUCUCCAAGGUGUACAAGGUGACGCAGACUGGCACCUGCAAGGUGAUGGUGGUGAAAAUCUACAAGAACGACGUGGACCAGGAGGUGAUAGUCCGUGAGAUUAGCCUGCUGCAGAAGCUGUCCCACCCCAACAUUGUCAGGUACCUGGGCAUCUGCGUGAGGGAUGAGAAGCUGUACCCAAUUCUGGAGUAUGUUAACGGUGGGUGCCUGGAAGAGCUUCUAGCCAGCAAGGACAUCAGCCUCAGUUGGAAGGAGAAGGUGGAGCUGGCUUCAGACAUCUCCAGGGGGAUGAUCUACUUGCACUCCAAGAACAUCUACCACCGGGAUCUCAACUCCAAGAACUGCCUCAUUCGCGUGAGCCAGCGGGGCCGGGAGGCCUUGGUGACGGAUUUCGGUCUGGCCAGAGAGGUGGUGGAGCUGCCCGUGAAGAACCCGGAGAGGAAGCUGUCCCUGGUGGGCUCCGCCUUCUGGAUGGCCCCUGAAAUGCUGCGGGGGGAGCCAUACGACAGGAAGGUGGAUGUGUUCUCCUUUGGCAUAGUCCUGUGUGAAAUCCUGGGCAGAAUCCCUGCGGACCCAGAAGUGCUUCCCAGGACGCAGGAUUACGGCCUGGACGUGGCGGCUUUCCAGGGAAUGAUCAGUGAAUGUCCCCGGCGGGUUUUGGACCUGGCUGCUAGCUGCUGUCGGGUGGAAGCGUUCAAGAGGCCCUCUUUCUCCGAGCUGCUGGACGACCUGGAAGAUGUAGUGGAGAGUUUGGAGGCUCUACAGGACAAUCAGCUCUCUGGAUGAUUGUCCAGAGCCCCGGGGAGUCAGACUCAAACUGUAAAUUACCUGUACAUCGGGAAACGAGAGAGGAGAGCGCAAGGGGGAGAGAGCAAAGCAAUGCCCUGCUAUUUAUUUAACUGUAUUCUCCUUCUCACCUGGAAAUGUGGCUUGAAAAUGCCACGGGGGAGUUUCCAGGGGGUUUUUCUAGCUGAGGUUUUAACAGAAAUAAUUCCGACA